CGCGUUUGUCGGUUCGUUCAGUGUUCGCGUCGUUCAGCUAUUGUUCGGGGAACCGCGUGUCAAUCGCAGCGGCGAGUGUCAAAAGUGAACGAAAAGGAGAACGGGAAUCCCUAAUUUGCUAGGUCCAGUGAGGAGGCGAAAAGAGAGAGAGAGGGAAGAGAGUAAGAGAUAAUAAGACAGAGAAAGGGACCCAGUUUCUUUUGGAACACGCCGGCGAGAAGAGAUCCAGAAGCACGAGAUAAAUCAGGAUCAAGAGUGCGAAAGAGCGAAUAACGAAAUGAUGCAUCGACAGCAGAACACCCAGUCAUCAUCUAACGAAUUCGCGAUGUAUCCAUCGGCCGCGUAUCAUUCCUCGUGUUCGACGCUACUCACGUCGACGUCGUCAUCGUCGAGGUCGUCGUCCGCGAGGUCGUCCUGUCCAUUAUUGAUGUCCGUCCUCACGUGGUCGCUGACGUUACUAUUGAUCUCGUCCUGCAUCGGCCUGGGUGCGGAUGCCGCCAGCCUUAGCGGCCAUCCUCUGGGCAAAAGGUCGUUCUUCGACAUCCAGUGCAAGGGCGUGUACGACAAGAGCAUUUUCGCCCGUCUGGACCGCAUCUGCGAAGACUGCUACAACCUCUUCCGGGAACCGCAAUUGCAUAUGCUUUGCAAGAAGGAAUGUUUCACCACGGACUACUUCAAAGGAUGCUUAGACGUCCUGCUGCUAACGGACGAAGUCGGAAAGAUCCAAAUGUGGAUCAAGCAACUCCACGGAGCUGAUCCCGGGGUUUAGGCAAGACUGCUUCAGCACACAAUACUUCACGAGCUGCAUCCAAGCGCUGCUGCUUGAGGACGAGAAGGAAAGGUUG